UGAAAAGACAGGACACAGAAAGGACUGCUCCGAAGGCAAAUACAGUAUAUGUGUAUUUUUUGUUACUAAAAUAUUUAACAUUGGAACAUUAGGCUACAUCGAGUUGGAAUGAAUCAUUCCUAGGUCAGGUGUUUACCAUGGCAAGUUACCUGACACUUCUCCUGUCUACUCUGGAAGAUCUGACAUCAAGAGAGCUGAAGAAGUUCAGACUGUACCUGAGUGAAGGGAUACUGGAGGGCUUCGCUCGCUUGCCGAGGGGAAAGCUGCAGGAGAGCAGCGAUGCUACAGACAUCGCCAACUGGAUGACCGAGAUGUAUGGCGGUGACAACUCACUGAAGAUCACACUUCACAUUCUGAGAGAAAUCAAACACAACGAGCUUGCUGCAAGACUAGAGGAAGAGCUGGAGAAGACUCAGACAAAUUCACAGAGUCUACUAAGUCAACGGGAUGGCUCAGAAGGUCAUGAACCACUUAAACAUGAGAACACAAUCAAACAGAAGAUCAGUGAACAAAACAAGUCAAGAUUGAAGAGGAAGUUUGAGAAGCUGUUUGAAGGCACAGAAGAGCGAGAAAACCAGAGAUACCUAAACGACAUGUACACUGAGCUGUACAUAGUGGAUGAAGAGAGUGAGAGGUCGAACACUCAACAUGAGAUCUGGCACCUCCAGUCCGGAAUGGGAGAGCCAAAUGAGUCAAUGAUAAAAUGCAAUGACAUCUUUCAUAUUUCGCCUGGAGACAGACACAGAGUCAUUAGAACGGUCAUCACUAAAGGCGUUGCUGGCGUUGGAAAAACAGUGACAGUGCAGAAAUUUAUUUUGGACUGGGCAGAGGGUAGAACCAACCAGGACAUUGAUUUUAUCUUUGUCCUUACUUUUCGGGAGCUGAAUUUGGUCAUUGGUGACCAGUACACUCUCCUGAAACUCCUGCUCGACUUCCAUCCUGAAUUAAGGGAUGUAGUUGACGAGAAGCUGUAUGGUGAGUCUAAGAUUGUAGUCAUCUUUGAUGGCCUGGAUGAGAGCAAAUUGCCUCUUGACUUUUUGGAGAACAAGAAUUGCUCUGAUGUGCAAGAGACAACAUCAGUGGACAUUCUGAUAACUAACCUCAUAAGGGAAAAUCUCCUGCCUUCUGCCCAUAUUUGGAUAACCUCACGACCAGCGGCUGCCAGUCAGAUUCCCUCUGAAUAUGUAGAUCGGUGGACAGAAAUAAAGGGAUUUAACAGCCAGCAGAUGGAGGAGUACUUCAAGAACAAAAUCAAGAACCCGACAGAAGCUGACCGCGUCGUCACACAAAUUAAGAAAUCCAGACCCGUCCACGUCAUGUGUCAAAUACCUAUUUUCUGCUGGAUUUUUGCCACAGUGCUUCUAAAAGUGCUGAGUCAGGAUUGUGAUGGAAAAAUUCCUCAAACUCUGACAGAAAUCUUUAUCCAUUUUCUGAUCAUUCAGAUGAACCGAAAGAAUCAGAAGUAUGACAGGAGUGAAAAAGACAAAAAGAAGCUCUGGGAGUCAAACAAACGUGAUAUUCUGAAGUACGCCGAGUUAGGAUUUAAACAGCUGGACAAGGGCAACAUCUUGUUCACUAAGGAGGAUUUGACAGACUGUGGGAUUGAUUUUAAUGAAGACCUUGAGAAGUCUGGAAUUUGCACUGAGAUUUUCAUUGAGGAAGUCCUAAUGCAGAAGAAACAGGUUUUCUGCUUCAUCCACCUGAGUUUUCAAGAGUUUCUGGCUGCUGUUUUUGUCUUGCAUUCCUUUGUCUGUGGGAACCUGAACACCCUUCGGCACCAUCACAUCUAUGGGGAGAACCUGCAUCACAUCCUAGGGAGUGCUGUGGACAAGUCCUUGCGGUGUCAAAACGGACAUCUGGAUCUUUUCCUUCGCUUUCUUUUGGGCAUAUCAAUGGAGUCCAAUCAAAAUUUCCUUCAAGGACUGGUGAUGCUCCCAGAGUGCAGCUCAGGGAGCAUUGACAUGACCAUCAAGUUCAUCAAAGACAAACUAAGAAUUGGUCUCCAUUCUGUCGAAAGAUGCAUGAACCUCCUUCUCUGCUUGCUCGAAAUGAAGGACAACUCUCUAGAAAGAGAGAUUCGGCAGUAUGUGACAUCAGGACAGGUGCUAUCACCUGACCAAUGCUCACUGUUGUCUUACAUGCUUCUGAUAGCCGAAAACAUACAGGAUGAGUUUGACCUGGGGAAGUACAAUACCACAAACGAGGGUCGUAACAGAUUGAUUGUUGCACUGGGGGCCUACAGGAAAGCAAGGCUGGUUUGCUGUGAUCUCACAAAGGCAUCCUGUGUUCAUAUCAAAUCUGCACUCCAGGCAGAUAAAUCAGCCCUGAGAGAGCUGGACCUCCGUGGUAAUCAGCUGGACAGAGAUGGAAUCCAGCUGUUGUUUGAUGGGUUGACCCACAAAAACUGCAAACUGGAGACACUGAGGCUUGCUGGCUGUAAUUUUACCCACACAAGCUGCAGAGCUCUGGCCUCAGCCCUUCACUUACAGCACUCACACCUGAAGGAGUUGGACCUGAGUAACAACCCCCUGGGGAACUUGGGAUUAAAGGACCUGGCCGCUGCAUUGAUUCACUUCAACUGCAAACUUGAGAAACUGGGGCUUGCCUAUUGUAAUCUCACAUCUGGCUCUUGUAGAAUUCUGGCCUUUGCGUUGGACUCGGCAAACUCACGACUUAAACAGCUGGACUUAACCAACAAUGAUCUGCAGGAUUCUGGAGUAAUUAUGUUAUCGACUGCCUUGACUUAUCAAAACUGCCGCCUGGAAUCACUGAGGCUCUCUGGCUGUCUUGUCUCCAAGCGGGGUUGUGAGAGUUUGGCCUCAAAACUCAAAUCAAAUCGCUCCCAUCUGACAGAGCUUGACUUGAGCUACAAUCAUAUGAUUCCGAAGUGUUGGGAGGGGUCAGGGAGUCUCAGGGCUUCUGUUUCUCUCCAUCACUCUCUCAAUAUUCGUGACUCUUUCAGGCUCUCUGGCUGUCUUGUCUCCAAGCGGGGUUGUGAGAGUUUGGCCUCAAAACUACAAUCAAAUCGCUCCCAUCUGACAGAGCUUGACUUGAGCUACAAUCAUCCAGGGUUACUCUCGUGGCUUCUUGAGGACAAAGACUGCAAAUUGGUGAAGCUGAAUCUUGAUCACAAUCAAGAACACUGGCUGACAGCAGGUCUACCAAAAUAUGCCUGUAAGCUCAAUUUUGACGAAAAUACUGCACACCCCUAUCUCUACCUUUCUAAGGCAAAUAGAAAAGUGAUCCGUUUGCAAGACAAGCGUUUCUAUCCUGACCACCCAGACCGAUUUGAGGAGUAUGUUCAAGUACUGUGCACAGAAGGCCUAACUGGACGCUGCUACUGGGAGGUUGACAUAACUGGAAUAGUUUAUGUCGGAAUGGUUUACAAAAGCAUCAGCAGGAAAGUUGGUGAAAGUAAGAUUGGAUGCAACAACCGUUACUGGAGUGUGAAGUUUCAGACCUGCAGGGGGCAUACUUCUCUCUCUAGCCUCAUGGCAUCCAACAUGCGAGUUGCAGUGUAUCUGGACUGGACUGCUGGCAUGUUGUCUUUUUACACAAUCAAUGGGCGUGACCUAAAGCAUGUGCGUACAGUCUAUUCUGAGUUCAGUGAGCCCCUCUACCCAGGAUUUGAGCUUAUGUACCAUGAAAUCCAAGAGUCUUCUGUGUCCUUGCUGUAGAUACACUUGUCAUUGGACACCUCACAACUUCAGCUGUACAUCCCUAUUUUUUUUUUUUAUUAUUAUUGAUUACAAAUUGGCAAUCAUGGAACUGGGGCAAAGUCAAUGGACACAAGGCGCAACAAAUUAACUCUCACUCUGCUGCAAAUCUCUGAUACUGUACAGUACUUAUUGCAGUGGAUAUAGUGAGUGUACUUUUCAAAGGGAAUGAUCAUAUUGUGGAUCAAAAUGUGUGGCUAUGUUACAUGGCAGCUUGAAAAAAAGUCAAAUAUUUUGCUAUCUGUAAACGGUAUCUGUAUUUAGCUGUAAUUGUAGAGCAUGAUCAGUAUGUUAUCAGUAACUGUUUGUUGUAUAAUUGUGUGCUUUUUCAGCCAGUCCAUACACUGUGUUUUGUACACUUACACCAGGUGAGUGUGGACUGUGGAGAGACUGCUGUCUCCCUGCUGGUGACCUUAGUACAGUACAUGACAGAUCACGUCCACACUGACACCUUUAUCAUCCAAUUUACACUGAUAUCUGAUGUGGUGAUGUGAACAUCUGUGAGUUAGUUGCUUAUAUCGCCAAUUCCAAAUUUAAACAAAGAAAAAAAACAAGCCUCAAUGUAACACUAUGUAUCAUAGUUGUCAUGAUUGAUCAUGAUGACUCACUUGUGCAAUAAUGAAGACCGUCAUAGACUGUAUGUACAGUAUAUAAACGCUAUUAGAUAGAACAUGAUACCUUUACUGUCUAUGAUAGCCUGGGUUUUCCCAUACUGCCUUGCGCGGUGAUUUCAAUCCCGCUGCUAAGCCAGUCUGGAAACUAACGCCCUAAUGUUCGCCUGAUGUUGGCGAACCAAUCACAGAACAUCCGAGAAGUUUCCGUUGCCCUCUUGCGUCUACAUUCGACGCCAAAGGAUUUACGGCAGCCCUUAGCGUUGCAUACGAACGAGUUGGGUGAGCUAUGCGCAUUUGAUAGACAUCCGUGGCGCCCAAUGAACGGAUCUGGGCAUUUUUUUCAAAUACGAGAAAAUGAACGUCUGGUUGCCAGACCACGUCUCAUUUGAGAAGUGGGAGGCGUUAGCCAGGCUAUGUCUA